UUCCUGGACACUUUUACACGGAAGAGGUGACAGCCUGGGAGAGUUCUCUGUGCAGUCCUCAGAAGGCCCAGCACAGGUCCUCCACAUGCUGGCCACGGUGGGCUCCCUGUUGGCCGCCCUCUGGGGUGCGCUCCACCUCCGCACUCUCCUGCUGGGCGCUGUUGUCUUCCUGUUCUUUGCAGAUUUCCUCAAAAGGAGGCGCCCAAAGAACUACCCUCCAGGACCCUGGCGCCUGCCUUUCCUGGGCAACUUCUUCCACCUGGACUUUGAAAAGUCCCAACUAGCGAUUAAGCGGGUGGGCAGGUGCUGUCAGCUGAGAGGAGAGGACCCAGUGUCACUGGGAGCUACUGACAGGAUUCCUCACAGAGCUCAUGUGAAGAAAUAUGGUAACAUUGUCAGUUUGGAGGUAGCUGACAUAACUGCAGUGCUUAUAACUGGACUGCCCUUAAUCAAAGAAGUCCUUACCCACACGGACCAGAACUUUAUGAACCGACCCUUGACCCCUAUUCGAAAACGUGUGUUUGGUAAAAAGGGACUGAUCAUGGCCAAUGGCCAAAUAUGGAAGGAACAAAGAAGGUUCGCCCUGACCACACUAAGGAACUUCGGUUUAGGCAAGAAGAGCCUAGAGGAACGCAUCCAGGAAGAAGCCCACCACCUUGCUGAGGUCAUAGCAGAGGAGAAAGGAGAGCCUUUCAACCCUCACUUCAAGAUCAACAAUGCUGUUUCCAAUAUAAUUUGCUCCAUCAUCUUUGGGGAGCGCUUUGACUACCAGGAUGCUGAGUUUCAGGAGCUGCUGAGGUUACUGGAUGAGGUUACACAUUUGGAAGCGUCUCCUAUGUGCCAAAUGUACAAUUUCUUUCCAUGGAUGAUGGAAUUCCUCCCUGGACCUCAUCAUACUCUCUUCAGAGACUGGGACGAACUGAAGUCAUUUGUUUCACGUGUGAUUGAAAAUCACAAGAGAGACUGGAAUCCUGAUGAGCCAAGGGACUUUAUUGAUGCUUACCUUAAGGAAAUGGCACAGCACCCAGACAAGACCAUUUCAAGUUUUGAUGAAGAAAACCUCAUAUUUAGCACCCUGGACCUCUUUUUCGGUGGGACUGAGACAACAUCCACAAUACUGCGUUGGGCUCUGCUAUACAUGGCCUUCUACCCGGAAGUCCAAGAAAAAGUACACACUGAGAUUGACAGAGUCGUUGGUCAAGGGCAGCAGCCGAGCUUGGCCAACAGAGAGUCCAUGCCCUAUACCAAUGCUGUCAUCCACGAGGCACUGAGAAUGGGCAAUAUCAUUCCUCUGAAUGCUCCCAGGGAAGUGAGUGUUGAUACAGCUCUGGGUGGAUACCACCUGCCAAAGGGGACCAUGGUCCUGACCAAUUUGACUGCACUGCACAGGGACCCCACAGAGUGGGCGACUCCAGACACAUUCAACCCAGAGCAUUUCCUGGAGAAUGGACAGUUUAAGAAGAGGGAAUCCUUUCUACCUUUCUCACUGGGGAAACGUGGAUGCCUCGGAGAACAGCUGGCUAGGUCUGAGCUGUUUAUUUUCUUCACUUCCCUUCUGCAAAAAUUUACCUUCAAACCCCCAAAGAAUGAAAAGCUGAGCCUGAAGAUUAGGGUGGGCAUGACACUUUCCCCAGAGAGCUACAACAUCUGUGCUGUCCCCAGGGCAUGAUGCUGGGGAAGGAAGUGAAAGGCAAGAAAGAAGAAAUGGCAGCUGUCUGAAGCCUCUGGUGCCCACACAGAUGUGAGGGGACAGAAUGGAGGUGGGGGAGGGAAGAAUUGGGCUAAGAGGAAAAUGGAUCCAAAAUGUGAGCUCUUCUCUUUCCUUCAGAACUGAUACAGUGCACCCAUGUGUGGACAAAAUUAUUUACCGUUUCAUCUUGAACAUGGGAUGGAACAGGAUUCCGUCUCUAAAUACAAGUCUUCGAAAGAGUUAAAGCAAAUAAAGGAGUAAUGGACUUUAAGUGAUUUGUAAGCAAUAAAGCACAAGAUAAAAUUAUAG